ACUUCAGCUUGCGCUGAGAGUCAGUGUGUCGUACAAGUUGACAGGAUUCACUUCAAGUUCAACUUUUACAUUAUAACCAACACACACGCACGUUGUGAAAAUGUCACUUCCCAGAGUUUUCUUUGACAUCACUGUUGAUGGCGCGACUGCUGGCAGGAUUGUAAUGGAGCUGCGGUCUGAUGUGGUCCCAAAGACUGCAGAAAAUUUCCGUGCUUUGUGCACUGGAGAGAAAGGUUUUGGCUACAAGGGCUCUUCGUUUCACCGCAUCAUCACUAAGUUCAUGUGCCAGGGUGGAGACUUUACCAAACACAAUGGAACUGGAGGCAAAUCCAUCUACGGAGAGAAGUUUGCUGAUGAGAACUUUAAAUUGAAACACACAGGCAUGGGGACACUGUCGAUGGCUAAUGCUGGGCUCAACACCAACGGGUCCCAGUUCUUCCUCUGCACAGCUGAAACUUCCUGGCUGGACGGGAAGCACGUGGUGUUUGGCAAGGUCGUGGAGGGAAUUGAGGUUGUCAAGGGUAUGGACACGCGCGGCACAAAGAGCGGUACUCCUAAAGCCAAGGUUGUCAUCGCUGACUGUGGCCAACUAUAGUCUAACUCACUCAAUUCCUUCAUGUCAGUCUGCUCUCCUGUCAGAUGUAUCCAUAUCAUCCAUAUUCCAAUUAGUCUUUGAGAUGGUGCAUAUCUAAAAUAUCAAUACAAGAAAAAACUUGUCCAAUAUUCAUUGUGUCAUCUGUCAUACCUUCAAGUUUGUCCUUGAAGGGCCUCAUUUAUGAACAAAAUCGGACUUGAAUUCAGGAUGUUGAUGAUGGAAAUAAAGCAACAAUGCAGCCUGA